UGUUCCUGCUUUUGGUGGAAUCCAAUUACAAUUGGAUCUCUUUUUCUCUCUCUCUCUCUCUAUAUAUAUAUAUAUAUAUCCCAAGAUGGCUCCUUUCAAGAACCUAAGAAGAGCUUGACUCUUGUAUGGCGAUAACCCACUGGAGGUCAAUUCAAGCGCAGGUUCAAAACCCUAGAAAUCUAGUUCCCAGUCAAACUUCUCCCCUGUUAGCACCGAAUCACCUCAUAUGGCAACCGACUUCAAAAAAUCUGAUCUUCUUCCAGUUCCACAGCCGCCCGAAUUUCACCCGGAGAUUGUCGUCACGCCGGCACACGAUGGGCUUCACUUCUGGCAAUUCAUGGUCGCCGGUUCAAUUGCCGGAUCCAUCGAACACAUGGCGAUGUUCCCCGUCGAUACAAUCAAAACCCGUAUGCAAGUUCUAGGUUCAUGUCCUAUGAAAUCGGUCAGCGUUCGUCAGGCCUUUGGAUCAAUACUCCGAAUCGAAGGCAUAUCCGGCUUUUACCGAGGAAUCGGCGCGAUGGGUCUAGGCGCGGGGCCAGCACACGCCGUGUAUUUUUCGGCUUACGAGAUUUGCAAGCAAUCGUUUUCCGUCGGCAAUCCCAACAACGCCGUAGCCCACGCGGCAGCUGGAGUAUGCGCGACUGUUGCCAGCGACGCAGUGUUAACGCCGAUGGAUAUGGUUAAGCAGAGGCUACAGUUGAGUAAUAGUCCAUACAAAGGAGUGAUGGAUUGUGUGAAGAGGGCUAUGAAAGAAGAAGGAUUUCGAGCUUUCUACGCUUCAUAUAGAACAACUGUUUUAAUGAACGCACCAUUCACCGCGGUUCACUUUUCAACAUACGAGGCGGCUAAGAAAGGAUUGAACGAGAUCUCACCUGAGAAUGCCAGCGAUGAGAAAUUAAUCGUUCAUGCUACUGCUGGUGCAGUGGCUGGAGCUUUGGCUGCCGCUGUAACAACUCCACUGGAUGUGGUCAAAACUCAAUUACAAUGUCAGGGCGUUUGUGGAUGUGAUAGAUUUAUUAGUGGUUCUAUAAGUGAUGUAAUUCGAACUAUAGUGAAAAAAGAUGGAUACAGAGGCUUGAUAAGAGGAUGGAUGCCGCGGAUGCUCUUUCAUGCACCUGCUGCUGCAAUCUGCUGGUCAACUUAUGAAGCCGGAAAGACAUUCUUUCAAGAACUCAACGAUGAUUGAUCAUGAUGAUGAUGCCCCAUUUUUAUGAACCUGUGUUAUUUAUAAUGAGAAUACAAAUCGAGGCUAAUUAGUGAAAUGCCAGAAAUUUUACUGCAUUUUUGACUUGUAGAAGAGAUGAUGCUGUUUUCAUUAGUUUCGAUUUUAUAU